CCCCCCCCCCAUCACAAGCAGGCUCUCUGAAAACCAGGCUUUUUUUGGGGGGACAAGUACAGCUCAUGUGUGUGCACCCAGUCGUGUAUCUGUGGGCGUAAGGAAGGGAGGACCGAGCGAUGUCUGCGCCGGGUUUCACCAAUCUGAGCAGCUCCGUCAACUACAACCAGAACUCGACCCCGAACGGCGGAGAUGCUCCCCCGUAUCAGAACGGUCCAGCACAGACAUACCAAUCUAUGUAUCCACCUACAGGCUGUUAUGGAGCCCCACCUCAACAUCAGAGCUAUCCCACCAUCCCUGCCCACUCCACUCCAGCUCCCAGUAAAGCAUCUAUUACGAACAGUGCCCACAGUGCUAACUACUACCAGAGCAACCAUCAGCAGCAGCAGCAGCAGCGCCCUGUCCCUCAGCAUCAUGUAGCACCAUCCCCAUACAGUGCUCCUCCUUCUCAGCCAUAUCCCACAGUCCCCUCUUCAGGACCUGUACCACCACAUGCCCAGUACAACCAGCAGCUGCAGCAUCCACCAUAUGCUACUCCAGGAUCCUAUUAUGGUCCGCAGUCAUACCACCCUCCCCCAGCACAACACACCUCUCAGCAGCAGCAGCAGCAGCAGCCCACUUUGGUGCCUGCUCCAGCUAGCGGCCCUGGAGCUCCCCUCCACCCAAUUGUCUCUUACCCCUCUGCGCCAGGAAAUAGCCAAUACGGCACCCUGAGUUCCUCCCAGAACAACACCACACCAGGAGUCUUGCCUACCCAGAUGGGUGCACCCCUACAUCAGUACAGCACCUCUCGGCCAGCCUCAACAACAGCUGCACAGCCUGGGUACGGUGUGGCCCCUCCUAGUCAGCUUGUGCCGACAGUCAACGGUCAAGGAAGCACAGUCCACCAACACUACGACCAAAGCUGUCAGUCGUCUCUGAGCUACAACACCUACAGCGGCGCUGAAGCAGACCAACUGCCCUCAGGGACUCCCUCCACUUCAGUCCAUUCCUCACCAGGCCACCAUCAAGGCGUGCCGUACGGAUAUGUUGCUAAUAGUGGAGCUAGCUCUGCCCCUGCCACCACCGCAGCCCCCUCGUCAUCCAGCUCUGAUGAUGACGAUGAUGAGGAGGAGGAGGAUGAGGAAGCAGGUGGUGACACCUCCUCUUCAUCUACUGGCAGUGCCUCUCCGGUGCCCAACAGCUACGAUUCCCUGGAAGGAGGCAACUUUCCUGAUUCCAUGCCGCCUUCAAACGAUAUGACCAACCAGGCUGCGCCCUACGGUAGCUAUGGUUACCCCAACAUGCAGCAGGGCUAUCAUCAGGGACCAGCCUCCCACACUGACUCCUCCCCCUCUCAUGACCCGUACGGACAGUCGAGCUACCAGCAGUACUCCCAGCCCUUUCCAAACCUGUCUCAGCUGUCUGCGGCUCUGGGGGGGCUGAGUGGGGUGCCAGAGCUGGAGGUGGAGGCCCUGACGCCGAUCAAUCUCCUACAGGAGAGAAGCCUGCUGCCACCCAGACCCCUUGAAGCCCCCGAACCCAACCUCAGCCCUGAACUCAAGAAGGUCAACUGUAGUCCACAGACAUUUAGGUGUACCCUGACCAGCAUCCCACAGACCCAGACUCUACUCAACAAGGCCAGGCUCCCUCUGGGACUCCUCCUGCACCCCUUCAGAGACUUGCAGCAGCUACCGGUGAUCACGUCGAACACAAUAGUGCGCUGUCGCUCAUGUCGAACCUACAUCAACCCGUUUGUCACCUUCCUGGACCAACGCAGAUGGAAGUGCAACCUCUGUUACCGAGUCAAUGAUGUUCCAGAUGAGUUUAUGUACAACCCGGUCACCAGGUCAUAUGGCGAGCCCCACAAGAGACCAGAGGUCCAAAACGCCACAGUGGAGUUCAUUGCCUCCUCAGAUUAUAUGUUGCGGCCCCCUCAGCCAGCAGCCUACCUGUUUGUUCUCGAUGUGUCUCAUAACGCUGUGGAAUCCGGCUACCUGAAGUACUUCUGUGACUCUCUGAUGGAAAACCUGGAUAAGUUGCCCGGAGAUUCACGUACCAGGGUGGGCUUCCUCACCUUCGACAACACGAUCCACUUCUACAACCUGCAGGAGGGUCUGUCCCAGCCGCAGAUGCUGGUGGUGUCGGACAUAGACGACGUGUUCAUACCGUCUAAUGACAGUCUGAUGGUGAACCUAAAGGAAAGCAAAGAGCUGGUGAAGGAUCUGCUGACGUCGCUGCCGGCCAUGUUCAGCCAGAGCAGAGAGACCCAAAGCGCCCUCGGCCCGGCCUUACAAGCUGCAUUCAAGCUCAUGUCCCCGACGGGCGGCCGCAUCACCGUGUUUCAGACCCAGCUGCCAACGCUGGGUGCUGGUGCGCUGCAGUCGAGGGAAGACCCCAACCAGCGCUCAAGCAAUAAGGGAGUUCAACACCUCGGCCCGGCCACAGACUUCUACAAGAAACUUGCACUGGACUGCUCGGGUCAACAGAUCGGGGUGGAUCUCUUCCUGCUCAGCUCUCAGUACACUGACCUAGCCUCAAUAUCGUGUAUCUCCAAGUAUUCUGCCGGCAGCAUCUUUUAUUACCCCUCCUUCCAUUUCAUCCACAACCCGGCUCAAUUAGAGAAGUUCCAGAGAGAUCUGGAUCGAUACCUCUCCAGGAAGAUCGGAUUUGAGGCAGUCAUGAGGAUACGAUGCACUAAAGGUUUAUCCAUCCACACGUUUCACGGUAACUUCUUUGUGCGAUCUACUGACCUGCUGUCCCUCGCCAAUGUGAACCCAGACUCUGCCUUCGCUGUCCAGAUGUCGAUUGAAGACUCUCUGGCAGACUCGUCUCUCGCCUGCUUCCAGGCCGCCCUGCUCUAUACGUCGAGUAAAGGAAAAAGGAGAAUCCGUGUCCACACGCUGUGUCUACCUGUGGUCAACCAGCUCAGUGACGUGUAUGCUGGAGCUGAUGUUCAGGCCAUCACCUGUCUGCUAGCUAACAUGGCAAUCGAUCGGUCGAUAACGUCCAGCCUGUCGGAUGCUCGCGACGCGCUGGUGAACGCGGUUGUGGAUUUCGUGAGCGCUUACAAGAGCAACGUGUCGAACCUGCAGCAGUCCGGCCUGGUCGUCCCUGCUGCCAUGUGCCUCUUCCCCAUUUACAUCCUCGCCCUGCUCAAACAGAAAGCGCUGCGGACGGGCACCAGCACGCGGCUGGAUGAGCGGGUCUUUGCCAUGUGUGAGUUCAAGACCCAGCCGCUGGAGCAGCUGAUGAGAAUGGUUCAUCCUGAUCUGUACCGGCUGGACAACAUGUCUGACCAGGAGGCGCUCCAUCUGAACGACACAGUGGUUCCCCAGCCUCACCUGCUCCACCUGUCAGCUGAGAAUAUAAGCAGAGACGGAGCCUUCCUUCUGGACUGUGGCUACGUGUUUUACCUGUGGAUCGGCAAAUGCUGCAACGACAUGUUUAUACGAGAUGUUCUGGGCUGCACCAACUUCGCCUCCAUACCCCCCAACAUGAGUCACAUUCCUGAGCUGGAGACUCCUCUGUCUCAGAGAGUACGAGCGCUCCUCGACUGGCUGCAGGACAACCGAGCGUUCAGCUCCAUGAUACACGUUAUCAAGGACGAUGCUUCGACUAAAGUCACUUUCUUUCAGCACAUGGUGGAGGAUCGAUCUGAGUCGGCUUCUUCUUACCAUGAAUUCCUGCAGCAAGUUCAGCAGCAGAUGUCCAAGUAGGCUCUGAUCACACAGAGAGUGUUCAAAGAGUGUUCAAAGCAGAGCGAGGAAAAAAGGAUUUCAGUGUCAUAGAGUCAAAACUAGCGUUAGCUAAUGGACAUCCAAACAUCGCUCCUGUCAGUCUGGUGAUAUCGAGGAGGGUUUCCUCCUCACUGUGACAAAUCCACUCAUCGGUCAGCCGGGAUUAGAGCAUCAGAAGGAUCAGAUGUAGAAAAGAGUAAAGAAUUAUAGAAAUACAUAAAUGAAGAAUGAAGGAUUUGUUCUACUUUGAAACAAAAAAAGCUCCUCCAGCCUCUCGUUACAUCAUCGCUCCUGAGAAAGCUAGUAGGGGGAAAGUCGAGCCAAGAAGAUGCCACUUCAGCACGUUUUAGUUUUUCUUUUCGUGAGCCUCACAUGUAGCUAGUGCCGUCAUUUUUUUAUUUUAUUAUUGUUAUUUUCUAAUUUAUUCCCUUCUCUAUGCUCCUUCAGUUUCCUUUGAAGACUCUUUUGAAUACACUGGAGAACAGAAACAAGCAUUCCUUCUCUUGUUUUUUCGGCAUGUGCUUUGAAGUCGCAUGUCACUGUUUUGUUUGCCACUAGUCUGAGGGAAGAUGAGAACCACCAACCAGUCUGUGUAACGGGAUCCUAACUCGACAGUGUUUGGAUGUUUUAUCCCCCCCCCCCCUUGUGUUGGCUCCCUCUUUUCUCCUCUGGUCGUCAACUCCUGAUUUGUCAAAACUUCAACCCCCCCUUCGCUCCCAAACCGUCAAAAAAUCUUCUUGUCAUUUGUUUUUUUUUUUCUCCAGGCGCUAACUCAAGUUGCUUUCCACUUUGUAACUAUUGAAAAGAAUCUUUUAUGUGCGAUAAUUUAUGAACCAGCUUAUUAAAUAAAAACAAAAAACGAUCUCUGCUUGUU